AUGUCGGGCAGUCAGGUGGGGACCCAGGGAGGGGUCUACAACUACUUCCUCAACAUGGUAGCCUAUCAGGUAUGCUGCUGCUGUGGGCCGGCGCCGUGCUCCCUGUGCUGCUCCUUCUGCCCCCCCGUCAGGUCCUCGUCCACCACGCGGGUCAUGUACACCCUGUUCCACAUCAUGGCCUGCGCUGUCUCCUGCCUCAUGCUCUCCCGCAACGUCUCCGAGCUCGUCAGGGAAAAUGUGCCUUUCUUCAACAUGGUGUGUGACCAGGCCCACGGCGGGGGCCAUUGUGAGAUGCUGGUGGGCUACUCGGCAGUGUACCGGGUGUGCUUCGGCACCGCCUGCUUCUACCUGAUGAUGGCCGUCUUCCUCAUCGACGUCAAGUCCAGCCAGGACUUCAGAGCGCUCAUACACAACGGGUUCUGGUUUCUGAAGUUCAUCACCCUGCUGGGAAUGUGCACUGCUGCCUUCUUCAUCCCAACAGAGUCCUUCCUGCACGCCUGGCACUACGUGGGAGUAGUGGGGGGCUUUGCCUUCAUCCUCAUCCAACUCAUCCUCAUCACGGCGUUCGCACACACCUGGAACAAGAACUGGUUGACGGGGGCGGCGGAGAACAAGCGGUGGUACCUGGCGGUGAUGUGCGCCACCCUGGUCUUCUACACCAUCGCCAGCAUGGCCUUCACCUUCAUGUACCGCUUCUACACCCACCCGGCGGGCUGCCACUUCAACAAGCUGCUGCUGUGGAUCAACCUGGGCCUCUGUGCGCUCAUGUCCUUCAUCGCCGUCACGCCCUGCGUGCAGCAGAAACAGCCUCGCUCCGGUCUCCUACAGGCUUCCAUCAUCUGCUGCUACGUCAUGUACCUCACCUUCUCCGCGCUCUCCAGCCGCCCUCCAGAGAAAGUGGUGUACCAGGGGAAGAACAUGACGGUGUGUUACCCCAACGUGGGCCAGGAGGGGAUCCAGAAGGAAGGCAACGCCGUGGCCAUCAUCGGGGCCGCCAUCAUGUACUGCUGUGUGCUGUUUGCGUGUAAUGAGGCGUCCUACUUGGCAGAGGUGUUCGGCCCAUUCUGGAUGAUCAAAGUCUACCGCUACGAGUUCCAGAAAGCCACCUGCUGCUUCUGCUGGCCAGAGGAGGAGGAAGAGGAGGAGAUGGUGAUUGACGACGAGCACAAGGGGUGUCAGCAGGUGAUCCACAACGAGAGCCAGCGCGUGGCCUACAGCUACUUCUUCUUCCACUUCGUCUUCUUUCUGGCCUCGCUCUACGUCAUGAUGACCCUCACCAACUGGUUCAGCUAUGAGUCGGCCGUGCUGGAGACCACCUUCACCCACGGCAGCUGGUCCACCUUCUGGGUGAAGAUGUCGUCGUGCUGGGCGUGCGUGACGCUCUACCUCUGGCUGCUCCUGGGCCCGCUCUGCCGCUGCCAGGCAGACCACCGGCCGCGGCGCUCGCGCAUCAAGCGCCGCGUCACGUCCCCCCGACACGUGGCCGUCAGCGUCUGA